GCUAUCAGAACGGAAUUACGUAAUUCUGCCUUAAAAAUUGGUUCCACACAUUUCAUACUUAAACUUGACUGACAGGGUCGUAGUGAGUAGUAUAUAGGAGGGAGGGAGACUGGUGCCUAAGCCACUUUCGCUCGAGUUCUCCCUACAUAAUGUAGAUCUAGUGAAGUAAACCAAGCGGACAUUACACUUUACGCACCAGGUUACAGGAGCUAUUCCGUUUUCAUUACACUAUUCAUAUUUAUUUGAAAAAUAUAUUUGUUAUUACCUUCUUUUUUAUUAUUGGAUAUCUAACGGAUUUUUUUAAAGGGAAUUUGCACUUUCACCCGGAGAUAUGAUACUCAGAAGUCUCAACUUGCUGCCGAUUUUAUUACUUUGCUCCUCAGCGCUACCUCAAGAUGGCGAGGUCACAUCGGAUGACGACACAACGUUUGACCUGUUUGAUGUUAGCGGUAUCACACGCAAGACUCUGGGCGCCAAGCAAUUCCGCGGCCAAGACACGGACAACCCUGCUUACCGCUUCAUCCGCUUCGACCAUUUGCCCUCAGUGAGCGCGCCCGUGCUCAAACAGAUGCUUCAGCAAAUCCAGAACAAUGAGGGCUUCGUGUUCGUGGCCAGCAUGCGCCAGGACCGCGGAUCGCGGGGAACCCUCAUCGCCAUGGAAGGUGCCAACGGCCAGCGGCAGUUUGAAAUAGUCUCCAACGGCCGCGCCAACACGCUGGACCUUGUCUACUGGGUGGACGGCUCCCAAAAUGUUGUCUCCUUCGAGGAUGUUGACCUGUCCGACUCGCAGUGGAAGAAUAUCACACUUCAUGUUCAUGGCGAAAACGCAAAUCUGUUUGUGGGCUGCAGUCUCAUCGACAGCUUCAUCUUGGAUGAGCCGUUCUACGAGUACCUGCAGGCGGAGGGGAGCCGAAUGUUCGUCGCUAAGGGAUCCAUCCGUGAAAACCACUUCAGGGGGUUACUGCAGAACGUUCGCUUCAUGUUCGACACAUCUGUGGAUGACAUUCUUAGGAACAAGGGCUGUGAAGUCACUAAGCCAGAUGAGGCCAACACGGUGGUGAGUGAGACCACAGACAUGGUGGAUAUGAGUUCCUCCACCGCCAUCACCACUAACUUCAUUGGCCAGAAAACAGAGAAUCUAGGAGCAGAUAUGUGUGAACGAUCUUGUGAGGAACUCAGCAUCAUGUUUCAGGAGCUCAAAGGACUGCGGGUUGUAGUGGGGAACCUCAUUGACGGCCUACAGAAAGUGACCGAGGAGAACACAGUGAUGAAGGACACUCUUGGCAAGAUAAAGAACUCCAAGGAGAAACACAUGUGCUGGCAGGAUGGACGGAUGUUUGAAGAUAAGGAGGACUGGGUGGUGGACAGCUGCACCACGUGUACCUGCCAGGACUCAAAGAUUGUGUGUCACCAAAUCACCUGUCCUCCUGUGGCCUGUGUUGGCCCCUCCUUCAUCGAUGGAGAGUGUUGCCCUGUGUGUCUGCCCAAGGACAGUGAGGACGGCUGGUCCCCCUGGUCAGAGUGGACAGAGUGUACUGUCACCUGUGGGACAGGUACUCAACAGAGAGGACGCUCAUGUGAUGCCACCAGUAACCCCUGCUCUGGACCAUCCAUCCAGACCAGGAAAUGCAGCCUGGGAAAAUGUGACAGCCGAGUUCGUCAGGAUGGUAGGUGGAGCCUGUGGUCUCCAUGGUCAUCAUGUUCGGUGACGUGUGGCGAGGGUCAGAUCACCAGGAUACGCCACUGCAACGCCCCCACACCACAACUGGGGGGCAAAGACUGUGAGGGCCAGGGGAGAGAGACACAGCGCUGUGAGGCCAAGCCCUGUCCCAUUGACGGUGGCUGGGGACCGUGGUCGCCAUGGGCGAUCUGCUCGGCAACCUGUGGGGGUGGAGUUAAGGGUCGGACCCGUGUCUGUAACAGCCCCGAACCCCAGUACAAAGGCAAGAAGUGCCUCGGGGAGACCAAUGACAGUAACGCCUGCAACAAAAAGGACUGCCCUAUCGACGGCUGUCUGUCUAACCCAUGCUUUGGGGGAGUGCACUGUAACAGCGGCUCUGACGGAUCCUGGGAGUGUGGACCCUGUCCCCUUGGUUUCCGUGGAAACGGCACCCACUGUGAAGAUGUCAACGAGUGUGACAUUGUGUCAGAUGUCUGCUUUAAAGCUGGUGGAGCAUUGCGCUGCGUCAACACAGACCCAGGGUUCCACUGUCUGGCCUGCCCACCCCGCUACAAGGGAACACAGCCCUUCGGUGUGGGGGUGGAGGCUGCCAGCAAGAACAAACAGGUUUGCGAGCCAGAGAACCCCUGCAAAGACAAGACCCACAACUGUCACCGUUCAGCUGAGUGUAUCUACCUUAGCCACUUCAGUGACCCCAUGUAUAAGUGUGAUUGUAGGAUCGGCUAUGCUGGGGAUGGCUUCAUCUGUGGAGAGGACUCUGACCUAGACGGAUGGCCCAAUCAGAACCUGGUGUGUGACGCCAACGCCACCUAUCACUGCAGCAAGGAUAACUGCCCCAACCUGCCUAACUCUGGACAAGAGGACAUUGACAAAGACGGCCAGGGAGAUGCUUGCGACAAGGAUGAUGACAAUGAUGCAAUCGUGGAUGAGAGAGACAACUGUCCUCUCCUGUAUAACCCCAGACAGUUUGACUUUGAUAAAGAUGAUGUGGGUGACCGUUGUGAUAACUGUCCCUACGAACACAACCCUGCCCAGAUUGACACUGACCACAACGGCGAAGGAGAUGCCUGUGCUGUCGACAUUGAUGGAGAUGAAAUCCCAAAUGAGCAAGACAACUGUCCGUACGUGUACAACAAUGACCAAAAGGACACUGACAUGGAUAGAGUGGGUGACCAGUGUGACAACUGUCCUCUAUUACACAACCCUGACCAGGCUGACACAGACAAUGACCUUGUAGGAGACCAGUGUGACAACAACCAGGACAUUGAUGAAGACGGUCACCAGAACAACCUGGACAACUGUCCUUAUGUGGCCAACUCAAACCAGGCUGACCACGAUAAGGACGGUAAAGGGGACGCCUGUGACUUCGACGAUGACAAUGACGGUAUCCCUGACGAUAGAGACAACUGUAGAUUGACGCCCAACAAAGAUCAACUGGACUCUAAUGGCGACGGUAGAGGAGACGCCUGCAAAGAUGACUUUGACAACGACAACAUCCCGGACAUCCUUGACGUGUGUCCUGAGAACAACGCCGUCACCGUCACAAACUUCCGGAAGUUUCAGAUGGUGCACCUGGACCCCAAGGGAACCACGCAGAUCGACCCCAACUGGGUGGUUAGGCAUCAGGGCAAGGAGCUGGUGCAGACCGUCAACUCUGACCCAGGCAUCGCUGUUGGCUUUGAUGAGUUCAACGCGGUGGACUUCAGUGGUACGUUCUAUGUGAAUACGGACCGGGAUGACGACUACGCUGGUUUCGUGUUCGGCUACCAGUCGAGCGGCCGCUUCUACGUGGUGAUGUGGAAGCAGGUCACUCAGACCUACUGGGAAGACAAACCCUCCAAGGCCUUCGGUAUCUCUGGUGUCUCCCUGAAGGUGGUCAAUUCAACCACAGGCACAGGGGAGAACCUGAGAAAUGCCCUGUGGCACACAGGAAACACAAAAAAUCAGGUGCGCACUCUUUGGCACGAUCCCAAAAACAUUGGCUGGAAGGAUUACACAGCCUACAGGUGGCACCUCAUCCACAGACCCAAGACUGGUUUCAUCAGGGUUGUGGUUUAUGAAGGGAAACAGAUCUUGGCAGACUCAGGACCAGUGUACGACAAGACGUUUGCUGGAGGACGGUUAGGCCUGUUUGUGUUCUCCCAGGAACUGGUCUUCUUCUCUGAUCUCAAAUACGAGUGCAGAGAUGAGCUGGAGUUUCCAACUGUGUUGUCCAUCAGAUAACUGAACAGCGUUGGAUGUGAAAACUUCAAAUGGCUAAAGACACUAAACCUCAUAACCUGUUCACCAGCCUAUUGCUGAGUCGCUUGUCAUUUCAACCAAAGAAAUGUAGCUUCAACUUCGCCCCUCCAGUCUUUUUGCCUCUACCUUUCCAUUGAAGGGGCAGCCAUGGCCCUUUGCAGUUUUUCUGAGUGCCUUAUGUGAAAAGACAUUUCCUUGAGAAGUGAAAACAGAUGACAAGCGGACAAACGAAAAAGGCCUUGGCGAUGGAACAAAAACUAAGUAACUGAUGUUGACAACAUAUUAUAGGGAUUCUUUGAACAACCACUUUUGUGCUUUUCUAACUUUCUACAGCUUUACAUUAACAAAAGUAAAUAUAAAAUGAUUGUUACUCGAUAAAUAUUGCUAUUUUUGCUGGAAUAGAGAGCCACUUGGUACAGUAAAGGUGUCUAGGUCGUCUCUGUAUUGAGCUCAGCAGUUUCAGCCAUGCAGUGAAAAAUACGAUCAAAUGUACUAUUAACUGCCAAACUCUUAUUUGAUACCAAAGCACACUGAUGUAUGUUGCUGACUUAAUGAAACAAAGUUAUAUUUUAUAUUGUUUCUUAUGCCAUCCUGAACUGAUCUUCAGUUACCCAUUUAAAAUGUUUGUCAAACUCUAAGGUUGACCUUGAGACCGUUUUAUAGCAUUUUAAAGUUCUUUGGGAUGUUUAUACUAAGUUUGUACUAUAAUUUCUUCUGUAAAUUAUUAUUGUGAGUUUGUCUUGUUUUGUUUGUUAGAGAUGGUAAAUCAUUUAUUUAUUUGUUUACACUGACGAAAUUUCACAAUCGAAGUACAACAGAAAAAUCGUUGGAUAUCAACAUCAAAAUGUCUCAAACAUCAAGAUAGAAUAGACUAUCACAAACGUUGUGCAUUAUGCAGUGUUAUGUCAUGUAUUACUUGAUUCAUAUGUUCACUAAUUCCCCAAGAGAGGCCCUAUCGUCACUCAAAACAAUGCAUGGUUUCAAGUGGAGCAGUUGUAGUAGUUUGGGUUUGUUGUAGCGUUCUAUUCCAAUACCCCUCCAGCAUCCCACUUCGAUAGAAUCAACAAUAUAUUGUGCAUGCAUUCUAGUAGUAUGCUAGUAUGGACAUUGGAACAUAGACUUAAGUGUUGAUGUAAGAGUGCUACAUUGAUGUAAGGGCAAAUGUCAUGUUUGGGGUUAGUUGUAGUAGUAGUAUGUGUGAGAGAACAACAAUGAUUAUUAUCACAGCAUCCUUGACCACGACAGCUGGCGGUCUGAGGUUUGAGUGUGUUUGCCUGGUGUGAUAGGGGGACAUUUCAGAUGGGACACAAUGAAAACACUUGAGUUUAUGUCAAUGUAAAUGUGUCGUUAACAUGUUAACGUAGAAACAGGUGGUCAUGAGAAGAGAACUUUCUGUUUUGAAUAAGUGAAACUUUUAACCAGAUGAAUCUAUUCAAACAUUUAACCAUUCUAGAAUCUAUUCAAAAAUCAAGUAAAAAUGUUUCUUGUAACUUUUGAUUGAAUUUUAUGUAUCAAGGAUAUUUGCAAUGUAUAGCUUUUAAGUUGUCAUCAGUCUGCAUAGCAUGAAUUGUUGUCAAAUUUCUUUGUUAAUAACUAGCUUUGUUAUAUUUUGUGAGGGAUAUUGCAAUGCACAAAUGUAAAAAUAAAAAAUAAAAAAAAUAUUUGUUUGUUGUUAAAUUUACCAUUAUGAGUUGUGAUAGUUGUAGAGGAGUCGUCAUGUAUGUGUUCUAC